AUGGUCCAACAGGAGACUUAUGACAUCGUUAUCGUGGGCGCCGGCCCUGUCGGUCUGCUCCUCUCCCUGUGCAUGUCACGAUGGGGUUACAAAGUGAAGCACAUCGACAACCGGCCCGUGCCGACCGCUACUGGUCGCGCCGACGGUAUCCAGCCGCGAUCCACCGAGAUUCUGCGCAACCUUGGUUUGAAGCGCUCGAUCAUGGCUUAUGAGCCCGCGAAGGUCUACGAUGUUGCCUUCUGGGACCCCAAGGGUGACGGCUCUGGUAUCGGCCGCACUGGCAGCUGGCCUAGCUGCCCCCGCUUCAUUGACACCCGCUACCCCUUCACCACCCUGGUCCACCAGGGUAAGAUCGAGCGUGUGUUCUUGGACGAAAUUGAGAAGGCUGGCACAAGGGUCGAGCGUCCCUGGACCAUCGUUGGCUUCAAGAACGACGGUGCCAACGCUGAGUACCCUGUUGAGGUCAACCUGAAGUGUCUUGACACCAAUGUUAUCGAGAAUGUGCGCUCGAAGUACUUGUUCAGUGGCGAGGGUGCUCGCAGCUUCGUCCGUGAGCAGCUUGGUAUCAAGAUCCACCACAAGGAUCCUAUCGCCUAUGUCUGGGGUGUUAUGGACGGUGUCGUCCGCACAAACUUCCCCGAUAUUGAGACCAAGUGCACUAUCCACUCCGAUGCUGGCUCUAUCAUGGUCAUCCCCCGCGAAGACAACAUGGUCCGCCUCUACGUUCAGAUUGCCUCCUCCACCGACGCCGAUUGGAACCCCCGAAAGACUGCCACCGUCGAGGAGGUCCAGCAGACCGCAAAGAACAUCCUGAAGCCCUACUGGAUUGAAUGGGACCGGGUCGAGUGGUACUCUGUCUACCCCAUUGGACAGGGUAUUGCUGAGAAGUACACCCUGGACGAGCGUGUCUUCAUGGGUGGUGAUGCUUGCCACACUCACAGCCCCAAGGCCGGCCAGGGAAUGAACACUGCUUUCCACGACGCACUCAACAUGGCCUGGAAGAUCCACGCUGUGGAGAGCGGUCUCGCCGAUCGCUCUACCCUCAGCACCUACGAGACCGAGCGCAAGGAUAUCGCUGAGACGUUGUUGAACUUCGAUGCCAAAUACGCAGCUCUGUUCUCCAAGCGCCGUCCUUCUGCCGGCGAGGUUGGCUCUGCCAGUGAUACCACCGUUGGCGCUGGCGCGGAGGAGGACGAGUUCGUCAAGACCUUCAAGUCAUCUUGCGAGUUCACCAGUGGAUACGGAGUGGCUUACCGCCCCAACAUCUUCACCUGGGACCGAACCCACCCCGCCCAGUCUCCGCUGUUCGAGAUCCCCGGUGUUCAUCUCACUCCUGGUCGCGCCUUCACCCCGACCACCGUCACCCGUCUCGCGGACUCCAACUUUGUCGAACUCGAGCAGGAAGUGCCCGCCAACGGUGCCUUCCGCAUCUUCGUCUUCGCUGGCAACCAGGCCAAGACCAAGCAGGCCAUUGCCGACUUUGCCGCCAAUCUGGAGAAGGAGCGCUCGUUCCUGUCUGCCUAUCGCCGCCCUGACAUCGCCGAUAUCUCAUUCUUCGAGCGCCACAACCCUCACUCCAAGCUCUUCACUCUGUCUGUGAUCUACGCAGGCUCCAAGAACACCAUCGAUGUGGACUCCAUCCCCCAGGUGCUGCGUGACUACCACCACCACCUCUAUGCCGAUGACAUCCCCGAUGUGCGUGUUCCUCAGGCCCAGUUCGCAGCCCACGAGAAGCUCGGCUUCGACGCUGAGAAGGGUGGUGUCGUCGUCACCCGCCCUGACAGCCACGUUGCCUGCACCGUCCAGCUGGUCGAGGGAAGCGGCACCGUCGAUGCUCUCAACGAGUUCUUCAACGCUUUCUCGACCAAGCCCCUGGGACAGGCCCCUCAGCACAGCCGUCUGUAA